AUGGCGGCUCAGAGGGAACUACACUUGCACCUGACCGAGGUCACGCGACUAGACAUUUACAAAGGUAGACAGAGGACUUUUGAACAGGGUGAUAGGAAUGGCCGUUUUUUGGCCAUGUUGGCACAACACGACCAACCGCUCACUCUCAUUUCCACUCUGCGGACUCCUGGGGGUGGGACGUUGAUUCGGAUCUGCAGAGAGCCAUCUGCUGUCCGUGCUUUAGGAUCUCUUGAAGUGCGCUGUCUGUUGUCUGUCCGAGAUUGGUCAUCAUUUGCUUUGAAGCCACCACGCCCCCUCAGCCCCUGGCCUCGUGCUCCACCACGUCUUAUUCCAUCCCCUCUCCGAAUGCAGCUAGCAUCCAGGUUUCAUGAGCAGUUUGUUGUACGAGAAGACCUGGUGGGCCUCGCUAUUGGCACUCAUGGUGCAAAUAUUCAGCAGGCUAGGAAGGUUCCUGGGGUGACUGCCAUCGAUUUGGAUGAAGAUACAUGCACAUUUCAUAUUUAUGGGGAGGACCAAGAUGCUGUAAAAAAGGCCAGGACCUACCUUGAAUUUGCAGAAGAUGUCAUACAAGUUCCUCGAAAUUUAGUCGGAAAAGUUAUUGGGAAAAAUGGGAAACUCAUCCACGAAAUAAUCGAUAAAUCGGGGGUUGUUCGAGUUAGGAUUGAGGCAGAAAAUGAUAAAAAUAUCUCACAAGAAGAGAGAAUGGUUCCAUUUGUUUUUGUGGUUACAAAGGACAGUAUCACCAAUGCAACAGUUCUAGUGGACUAUCACCUGAACUAUUUAAAGGAAGUAGACCAACUUCGUUUGGAGCGGCUUCAGAUUGAUGAACAGCUUCGACAGAUCGGAGCUAGCUCAAGGCCUCCACAGAAUCGUCCUGAUAAAGAGAAGGGUUAUCUGAGUGAGGACUGCAGUGGUAUUGUACGGGGAAGACGUCCCUACCCCAGUGCUUCUUGA